CGGGCGGACAAGACUCGCUGCACGACACAUACAGCAAACAGGCAUCAUGGGUCGCGAGCUGCAGAAGAAGAAGAACCGAUCUGGCUUGGCCAAGGUCACCAAGAAGCCCAAGUCCAAGAAGAAGAUCUUGAGCAACCCCAUCAUCGCCGCCAACUGGGACCAGAAGGAAACCCUCACUCAGAACUACCGCCGCCUUGGUCUGACCACCAAACUGAACCGCACCACUGGCGGUGUGGAGCGUACCGCCAAGACCCUCGCAGCCGGUCCUUCCAACAACCAGCCCGCCGCCGCUGACGGCCCCCUCGCCAUCAAUUCCAAGGCUGCUACGAACAUUACGCUGGGCGAGGCGCGGAUCGAGCGGGAUCCGGAGACCGGCGAACUUCGCGUCGUCGACGACAGCACCGCGCGUAAACCCAAUCCGCUCAAUGACCCACUGAACGACCUCGACGACGGGGAUGAUGACGAAGAGUGGCAGGGCAUUGCGACGGAGCAUGACCUAGCGCCCGUGGGACGCAAGGCCAAGUCUGCUGCGUCGGGCUCUGCUAACCCGGUCAUUGCGCAGCUCGAGGCGCACGCGGCGAGUGGCGUGCGCAAGGCGCCGCGGAAACAGAGCGAGCGCGAGGUCGAGUGGGUUGAGAGGCUGGUCGCCAAGUACGGCGAUGACUAUAGGAAAAUGAGCAGGGAUAUGAAGCUCAAUCCCAUGCAGCAGACGGAGGGUGACAUCAAGAAAAGGGUCCAGAAGUGGAGGGCCAGCCAGGUGGGAGAGCAGUAAGAGUUGUCGUUUUCGUUUGACGUUGCGUCGGGUCCUGUUCGACCCGAAUGGCGAGCGGAUGUAUCGCAUUGGACGGCGUUUGAGGCAUGGCGUUGGACCGGUACGCGAAGAGAAGGAUGGUUUGUAGGAAGGGACCCAUCCAGCCGACCGCAUGCGCCCUCGCAAGGACUGCUGCGGCAUUUUUUCUCCAUUUUGAUGUUCUUCAGGCACGUAUGGCCAUUUGUUUCCGCAAUCCACACGUCGCGCAUUUUUCCCAUAAUUUCGAUACUUCCAACGUCGCUUGCCGCCAUGUGGUUGACAGUAGUAUGUAUGAGCC